UUUUUAUUUUUUUUUAUUUUGUUUUUGAUUAAUUUAUAUGAGGAGCUUUUAUCAUAUUUUAGUUUCUUUGUCUCUUAAACCUUUAAUAAAUGAGUCAACGAAAUUCACUUAAAUUAACCUGUGGAUGUAAUAUCGAGCGUGCGCUUUUUCAAGAUAAUAAUUAUAUUUUUAUCACGGGAGCACAAAAGCAAUCUGACUCCAGUUCUGGAAAAAGUUAUAUUGCCUAUCAUAUUCGUAUUUCUGAUAUCGAAACUAAACGUAGAUAUAGUGAAUUUGAGUCUUUUAGAAAAGCUUUAACUUUACUUUAUCCUGCUUUAAUUGUGCCUCCUAUACCUGAGAAACAUUCUUUAGUUGAUUAUGCAGCAUUGCAAACAAAAGUUAAAGAUGAUUUGCCCAUGAUUGAAAAAGAAAACGAAUGUAAAGACCAUGUAUUUCACAGGUUUUUAGAAAGUAGUAUAGCUUGGUCUGAUGUUCUUCAUUCACCCCCACUUUCUACGUUACCAAAGAAUCCUUUACAGAUGGUUAUUAGUAACCAGAUGAAUACGCCUUCUUAUACCUAUAAUCCUAUUUUAGCUAACAAUUUAAUUCCUACACCCACUCUUACAUAUCAAUUAAAAAAUCCAGAUCCUCGGUUUGAAGAAUCUGAAAAGUUUACUUUCAGAAUAGCUAAUUAUAUGAGCAACAAUUUAGACAAAACUCAACGCAAAGUUAUUCGUCGUUUAGGAGAAUUGGCAAACGAUUAUGCAGAAUUAGGCGCAGUUUAUAAUGGGUUUAGUUUAAAUGAAACAAGCACUGUUGCUAAUGCGAUAGAGAAAAUUGGACAAGCAGUUGAUGCAUCUUAUACCGAAACAGGUAAAAUGGUUGCUUCGUUAGAAGGCAAGUUUGCAGAACCCAUUCAAGAACAUGCACAAUUUGCACAAAUUAUAAAGCAAGUACUCAAGUUUCGUCACAUGAAACAUGUACAAGUGGAGAUGAUCGAAAAUACACUGAAUGCUAAAAAGGAGAAUCUGGAUAAUUUAUUAAAAAUGGAAAGUGAAGCCAGACGCUUAGAAGAAGCUAUAACUCGUGAACGAACAAUAGAUACUAAUACUAUUAAUGCGGAUGAAAUGACGAAUCAGGAUGAAAUGGUAGAAGAGAGACAAGAGGAAUUUAGCAAUCCUUAUCAGGUGACUAGACAAAUACAAUCUAGACGACCCAUUCGAUCAAACGGUGGCUGGGUUAGUGCACCUAAAAAGAUGAUGAAUGCUGUAGGACAUACAUUACAAAACAUGAUUGAUGUUAAUCCUGAAGUUACUCGUCGUAAUCAAAUUGGUAUAUCAAAGGAUGCUAUCAAUGUGCUUGAAGAGGCAUUAGAUAUCACAAAGAAGGAUUUGGAGACUAUAUCUUCUGAACUCCAAACAGAUUUGGAUCGUUUUCAAACUGAAAAAAUUCAAGAUAUGCGUGAUAUGUUAAUUGCUUAUGCAAAGAUUCACAUUAGAUACUGUCAAAAGAAUUUGGAAUCAUGGCAAGAAGCUCGUGCUGAAGUUGAAAAGAUACCAAUUUAGUUAGUAGUGUUUAUUAAAUGUUUGCCUUAACUCAAUGUAUGAAUCUAGGGUCAUGAAUACGUAUUAAUAUAGUAUACCGUAUAAUACGCAUGCUUGUCUUUUUUUUUUCUUUUCUUUUCUUUUCUUUUUUUAUGUGCUCAUACAUGC